UAGAGUGGCGCUCGGCUCACGGAGAGCCGACUGGAGUCGUGCUGUUGUGGCGAUCGUGUGUGCGUGAGUGGCAUGUUGUACAUCCUGCCGCCCCCCAGUGCUCCGGCCCCCCCGUCCCCCUGGACCACUAUAUGCUCCUCCAGGACGUCCAAGGCAUGGUUGGCCUUCACAGACAAACGACCGCCCCCGCGGCCUCUACGGAAAGAUUCUGGCGCAGGAGGGUCCACAGAUGAAGAGGAUUCGGCUAAAAAUGGCAGAAGCCUGAGCGAGUGCUACUUCGCGGGCAAGGGAGCGGCACUGGUGCUGCCCCCCAAUGAGCGCCUGGUCUCCUGGCCGGGGGCCCGCCAGCCUAGCCCCGCCGGCGGCACCGACAUCCAGCAACACCUGCAGUCCAUGUUCUACCUGCUGCGGCCGGAGGAGACGCUCAAAAUGGCCGUCAAGUUGGAGAGCGUGCACGUUCAGCGGACCCGGUACCUGGUGGUGGUCUCGUGCAUGGGUCGCAACCACGACACGGAGGAGAGCUGCCUGCUGGGUAUCGACUGCAACGAGCGCACCACCGUGGGCCUGGUCCUCAAGGUGCUCGCCGACACCACCAUCACACUCGACGGCGACGGAGGGUUCAGUGUGACUGUAUGUGGAAGGCACCAUAUCUUCAAGCCAGUGUCAGUGCAGGCUAUGUGGUCUGCGCUACAGACACUACACAAGGUUAGCUCGAAGGCGCGGGAACACAACUACUUUUUGGGAGGCGUGACACACGAGUGGGUAUCUUACUAUGAGCAGCGCAUCGAGUCCGACCGCUCGUGUCUCAACGAGUGGCACGCCAUGGACAGCUUGGAGUCACGGCGACCCCCCUCACCGGACUCUCUACGGAGCAAGCCGUGUGAGCGGGAGGCGACACUGACAUUAGUGCGGUCUUCGCUGAAGGAGAUCAUGAUGUCUGUGGAUUUGGACGAAGUGACCAGCAAACAGGUCCGGACACGCCUAGAGGAGGUGUUGGACAUGGAUCUGGGCGAGUACAAAUCGUUCAUCGACCAGGAGAUGCUGGUGAUCUUGGGUCAGAUGGAUGCUGCAACGGAGAUAUUCCCUCAUGUCUACCUUGGUUCCGAAUGGAACGCAUCCAACCUUGAGGAACUUAAUAAAAAUGGUGUCUGCCACAUACUGAAUGUGACCAGAGAAAUUGACAACUUCUUCCCCGGGAUGUUUGACUACAUGAACGUACGUGUUUAUGAUGACGAGAAGACUGAUCUGCUCAAACAUUGGGAUGACACCUACAAAUACAUCAAUAAGGCACAGACGCAAGGUUCGAAAGUCCUUGUCCAUUGCAAGAUGGGUGUAAGUCGCUCCGCUUCAGUGGUGAUUGCAUAUGCAAUGAAGGCGUACAACUGGGAUUUCAAGAAGGCACUAGAAUAUGUGCAGCAGAAAAGGAAUUGCAUCAAGCCUAACACCAAUUUCAUCUCUCAGCUAGAAACGUACCAGGGUAUCUUAGAUGCAAUGAAGAACAAGGAGAAGCUGCAGAGGUCCAAGUCUGAGACGAACCUGAAGACAAGAGAGUGUGUGGUGGUGGCGGCGUCCGAGCGGUCUGUAAGCGAGGGUGAGGGAGGAGACCAGGAGAGGCGAGGCACUCCACCCCGCUGUCGGCUGAACGUGGCAGGGACAGAACUGGCGAGGGCGGGCUGUCGACCCAAGAGUUGGUCUCCGGACCACGCCACUGCCAACCUGCUCUUCACCACAACACCUGCUCCGACGUCAGUGUCUAUGGAGAGGUUGGACAGGACAGAGACUACCGAUGUCCAGGUGGAGCCCCCCGCCCCCCCACCACUACCACCCCCUCCUGUCGAGGCCCGCAACUACAACCUGCAUGUCAGGAUGCCCUGUAGCAACGGCUUAUCGUACAGCGUUUCUCAGAACAAAAUCCUGCAACUCUCCUCCAACCAGAGCCCAGAGGUGCCGUCGGUGAAGCACCGUGUGAAUGCCCUGGAGUCCCAGAACGGCAGUGUGACACCUCAGCUGGGCCGUCGAACCGUGGACCGCAAGGGGCUGGUGCUGAACCUCACGUCCCAGUUCGAGGAGGAGUCUCCACCCCUUCAGGCCAACAAGGACACCUGGGACCCCGGAGAGCGCGAGCGAGAAUGUGAAGUGAAGUGCGAGACUCGAACGCUCGGUAGGAAGGUGCGAACCGACGGUGACCCUUUCUCCAAUCGCUUGGACAGGGUGUUCGACCGGGAAGAACGCAAAGUGCAGAGGAACGUUCCUAGUGUCGUGACUGAGGACGCGAUCAAAGAGUGUGAAGUGUCGCGGCAGAGCAGUUGGAGCUCCUAUGACAGUGCGGUGGUGUUGGGUGACCCGAGAGACUGCGUGUCGCGACAGAGCUCCUGGGGCUCGGGAGACACCAAGUGUUGUACCCUGCCUUCUAGAAACAGUUCCUGGGGUUCGUACGACAUGAGACCGACGGAGUCGUGGAACCCCGGUACGGUGAAACGUACCAAACAAAAACUGGAGGAGGGGAUCAUAGACACGGCCAAGAGGGUCUGUCAAGACAUUAGCAAUACUUCUCCCCCCGAACCAUCCCCCCCUCCGGACACGGACUCUCGGACCUCUGUCAAGGGGACAACCGACCUUUUAGAGAAUAGGAAUGGGGAAAAUUCUGUGCACGUUACCAGGCGGUGUGUUUCCGUUGACGAGUCGAAGCUCGGGACUAUUUCGGAUUCGAACGAGACCCAGAAAAGCGUCCUGGGUCUGGUCCAGAAUCUCAAAAAAGAAUUUGAAGCGAAGUCGGUCGGUGCGAAAACGGACAAGACGCCGGAAGAGACCACGGAACCUAAGACUGAAGAGACCGGUAAGGUGAGGAGUCUGCCCAGCUCACCGGUCAGUGAUCGGACCGAGAAACCCAGUCCUGCCACCUCACUAGAAGAUCUGUCCGUUCGGAAACUGGUCGGAAAGUACGAAGAUAGGCCGACAUUCCCCCAACCGCCUGUACCUCCAAGGAAAUCUAGUCUAGAUCCUCAACCAUUAGUGAUAAAACAUUCGUCUCUUUUUGUACAUAACGUGAAGAAAGCUCGACCGCCAGUGAAGACUUGUAUUCCCACCCCUAGUGCGGUUAUGGCUAGUGUCGUCGCGAAGGCUGCCAGUAAAAAACAGCAACAAGGCAAGACCCAUCCUCUAGCUAGGUUAGCGUUGAACAAGCAACGGCACACCAACGCCGUGUACAACACCAUGUAAUGUUUGUCCAGCGGAAAAACUUAUACCAAACAAGCUCUUGUGAUUCAUUAAUUGUAAAAAUAGAACUAAACUUAUAAAAAAUAUUUUUAGCGUUCAUGAUGUAAACCGUUCGUAAAAACAUUAUUUUUCUAUAUAUAUGGAUAUAUUGUGUUUGUUAUAAAAUUGUACUAUCUCGUCAUUUUAUUCACUGCCAAUCCAGCUGGUCCUGGCUCGUGAUAAAAUUUUAUAAUAUUACUUGAAAUUUUACUUAAAAGAGUAUCGCAUUUUGACAAUUUUACGUUUUUGAUUUUGUGAUCGCUGUGAUUUUAAUAGGCCACUGUGACUAUCUAGCUUAAACACAUCACCAUUGAAUCUCAUACUGUAUAUACAUGGCUUCUGCCGUGAUCAUCUAGUCUCCGUGUGUGUGUGUAGCGUUCGGUGCGAUAGGUAUUAAACAUUCCCAGAGAAUGGAUAUGCACAGAUAAUAAAGUCGAUUUUGCUCUUUCGCAUUUGUUUGCUUUUUAAACGCGCAGUAAUUUUUGUUGCAACGUUAUCGGUUGUAUUUACUAUGAUCAAUUUGAAAUUAUUACAAAACGUUUUAUUAGUCGUGAUCCACUUUGUUUCUGUGCCUAGCUUUGUCAAGUGUACAUUUUUGUAUUAUAGUUUGUAUGAAAAAGUAAAAGUUUUUAUUGCUUAAAA